GCGGCACCGGAACGCGUCCCCGCCGCGAGCUGCCAGAACGCCCCCUUGAGGCUCGGAGGGUCCGGGAGGAGAGUGCUUGGCCCUGUUCCCGACGGUCCGAAAUAGUGAGGGGCGGGGCCGGCACGGACAUGGCGAGGCAACACGCAAAGACACUGUGGUAUGACCGCCCACGGUACGUUUUCCUGGAGUUCUGCGUGGAGGACAGCACAGAUGUUCAGGUCAUCAUUGAGGAUCACCGAUUGGUGUUCAGUUGCAAAAAUGCAGAUGGAGUAGAAUUCUACAAUGAGAUCAACCUGUAUGCCAGAGUGAACUCCAAGGACUCACGAGAGAAGCGCUCUGACCGCUCUAUCACCUGCUUUAUGAGGAAGUGGAAGGAGAAAGUGGCCUGGCCCCGCAUCACCAAGGAAAACAUCAAGCCAGCCUGGCUCUCCGUUGACUUUGAUAACUGGCGAGACUGGGAAGGGGACGAGGAGGUGGAGAGGGCCAUGGUGGAGGAGUAUGCAGAGCUCCUGCAGAGGGUGACAGACAAAGCCCCCCCUCCAACCAUGGAUGACCUGGAUGACGACCUCUGAAGCCCAGCUCCUCAGAGACAGCGCGGCUCCACAAGACUCUCCCGGUACACCAGCAGCACACAGCAACGAGCCUGGACACGGGCGUUGCUCCCCGAGGAAAUUGGAGCCCGAGGAACGACAGCGGUUUGCAGC